AUGGAGGUCACUUCCGCCUCUGGGUAUCCUGUUAUGGAGUUACCAAAAUCACUGGAUAUUCCGUUGAAAGCCUCUGAAGAGGUGGUUUCUAUCAAUCUUGAGACAGAUUUACCAGAUGACCCUGCAGAUUUGAGAACUCUUUUAGUGGAAGAAGGUUCUGACAAGGAACACUGGCUGACUAUUGCAAUUGCCUACUGUAAUAGUGGAAAUACACCACAGGGUAUUAGAUUAGUGGAAAUGGCUUUAGAAACUUUUGAUAACACCGAAAAGGCACCGUUAUAUACGUUUCUAACUUGGGCACACCUGAAAUUGGCCAAGGAGAAAGCAGCUAGUGUGGAAAGUAGAGAUCACGAACUAACACAGGCAGAAAUUCAAUUAAAAAACGCUAUUGGUGUGGAUCCCACAUGGAUUGGUAACAUGUUGGCAACAAUUGAUCUCUACUACCAAAGAGGUCAUUACGAUAGAGCAUUGGAGACAUCAGAUCUUUUCGUUAAAAGUAUUCAUUCAGAAGAUCGUAGAAAAGGAAUUCAAUCUAAACCCAAUUCGAUGUUCUUAUUGCUAAGAGCUAAGCUGUUAUACCAAAAGAAAAACUAUAUGGCAAGUCUUCGAGCAUUCCAAGAAUUGCUUGUGAUUAAUCCUGUGAUGUAUCCAGAUCCUCGUAUAGGGAUCGGGAUGUGCUUUUGGCAAUUGAAAGAUUACAAAUUGGCCAUCGCCGCUUGGAAGAGAGCAUUGGAACUGAAUCCAGUGAAUAACAAUGCUGCAGUGCUUGUUACUUUAGGUAACUUUCACAACUCUUUAACAGCAUCUGAAAAUGACGAAAGCUUUAGAGAAAAUUAUUCCAAAGCUUUACAAGAUCUAGAUGGGCUGUUACGUAAAGACGGACAAAAUCCCGUACUAUGGACACUUCUACAAAGUUAUUUCUAUUUCAAAGGCGACUUUACCAAAGUUAUUGAAGUCUAUGAGAACAAAAUUAGUAAGUUUGGAUUUGCCAUCUCUGACACUGUUCUUUCAGAAUCAAUAUUCUGGUGUGGUAGAGCUCAUUAUGCCCUACAAGACUAUCGUAAAGCAUUUAGCAUGUUUCAACAAUGCUUAAAAAGAAAUGAAGAUAACUUAUUGGCUAAAUUUGGAUUUGGUCAAACUCAGAUGAAGAACAAAUUGAUGGAAGAAAGUAUAUUGACAUUUGAAAACAUUUACAAGAACCACGAGGGUAUUCAAGAGCUGAAUUACAUCUUGGGAUUAUUAUACGCAGGCAAAUGUCUUGAUCCUGCCAACAGUAAAAAUUUACCUAGAAAAGAAUUUGAAAAAUUUGUGGAAAAAUCCAUACAAUAUUUGGAGAAAUACAUUAGAAUCACAAAUGCCAAAAAAAAUCAAGUUGUGAUCCCAAGAGCUUAUUUGGCCAUCUCUGAAUUAUAUGAGGCCCAAAACCAACAUAAACAAUCGUUAGAGUAUCUGUCAAAGGCAUUGCAACAAGUACAAGAAGUGGAAGGCGAUACUGCCCCUAUUGAAAUACUCAACAACUUAGGUUGCUUCCACUUUAUAAACGGUGAUAUGGAAAAAGCGAAGUACUUUUUUGAUAGUGUAAAAACUAGGACAGAAAAAGACUUUAACGUAACCAUAUAUUACAACUUUGCUAGAGUUUUGGAGGCUGAAAAUGCGGAAGAAUCCAAGAGUGUUUACGAUCAAAUUAUUUCUAAACACCCUGGUUAUUUGUCUGCAAGAAUGAGAAGACUUUUCUUUAGAGUUAUCGAGAAUGAUAAUUCCAAUUUAAAAGAAGACAUGGACAGACUCUUAUCAAACAAUGCUUCUGAUUUAGAGGUUCGUUCGUUUUACAGUUGGUUCCUAAAGAAUAACCAUACUGAUCCUAAGAAGAGUGAUAAUUUGGAAACGGCUCACAACAAGGAAACUUUAGUAAAAUACAAUUCUCACGAUUUUUACGCCUUGACAUCGUUAGCAAACUUAUACUUAAUGAUUGGUAGAGAAGCUAAAAGAGGCCAUUCCCCUAAGGAUCAAGACAAUUCGAAACAAUCUUUCCUAAAAGCGGUACAACUGUUUCAAAAAGUCUUGCAGUUAGAUCCUUUUAGCAUUUUUGCCGCUCAAGGUAUAGCUAUUGUUUUUGCAGAAAGCAAAAGGUUUGGUCCUGCGUUAGAAAUCUUAAGAAAAGCAAGGGAUUCAUUAGACAAUGAAGAUGUUCAUGUUAAUAUGGCCCAUUGCUUAUUGGAAAUGCACGAAUAUGCCAAGGCUAUAGAACUAUACGAAUUUUCGCUCAAGAAAUUCGGCAACGAGGAAAACAGGCCAAAACUGCUGAACCUAUUAGGGAGAGCAUGGUAUGCAAGGGCUACAAGGGAAAGAUCUCUAGAAUUUUUCCAAUUUGCUCUAAAUAAUUCCGAAAAGGCACUGGAAGCUGAAACUGCAAGAUCUUCAUCAGUCAAAAAUGAUAAGUUCUUAGCUUCAUUGAAAUACAAUGUGGCAUUGCUACAUUUCCAAGUGGCAGAAACUUUAAGGCGUUCAAAUCCAAAAGGUCGUACAUUGUCAACCAUUCAACUGGCUCAGGCGGGUCUGGAUACCGGUCUGCAAAUUUUGAAAGAAUUGAAAGGGUUGGAAGGAUUUGUCAUUAUCCCCAAGGAAGAAUUGGAGCAACGUAUCCAACUGGGUGAGACUACCAUGAAGAGUGCUCUUGAACGUUGUGUGAAAGAACAAGAAGCUUAUGAGAAUGAGCAAGUUGAGAAAUUCGAGCAAGCUAAGAAACUGAUGGAGGAAAACGAACAACGAGAACAGGAGAAGAAAAGACAAGAAGAAGAAGCUUCAAGAAUUAAGCUUGAAAGACAAAAGGAGGAAUACAGACGUUUACAAGAUGAAGCCCAAAAAAUUAUUCAAGAACGUGAAGAACGUGAGGCCAUUUCAGAGGCCCAAUUGGAAAAGAGUGAUUUGAGUGAUGCCAAUGAAGAAGGUGGUGAAGAUAAGGAAAAGAAGAGUAAGAAGAAGAGAAAGAACUCUACAACUCGUAAGAGUAAGCAACCUACCGAAAGAAAAAGACGUAAGAAGAGUCAAGAACCAAGUCAAGAAACAAGCCAAGAAGCAAAUCAAGAACAGGCUGUUUCUGACGGUGAAAAUGGACCUGCUCCAUCUCCUCCCAAGGAACAUAAGGAUGAACAAGAUGAGGAUGAAGAUGAUGAUGUGGUUCACAAAAGUAGUCGUAAUAAAAAGCAAGCAUUAUCCGAAGAAUUCAUAGAGGACAGUGAUGAAGAGGAAGCCAAGCAGACAGGUGGGUCUGAUAAUGAAGAUCUUUUUUGA